ACAAGUCACUUCAGCUGUGUUUUCACCUCAGGUGGACUGUGUCUGUACUAUAUUUAGGGACAAGCCAACACUCUGUGGUAUUGGAGUACCAUAUCAACUCACACAUCUGGAUACAGUAUGGGGACUAGAAGUACCUGUCUGCUCAUGACACUGUGUCUGGGGAUUGUCAGUGUGUCCUCUGAAGAGUUACUGCAUCGGCAGAAGAGAAUCUGGAUUGUAGACUCUUUUAAGAUAGAAGAGGCGAGGCCCGGACCAUAUCCUUAUGUACUGGGGAACGUUCAGAUUGAGAAGGCGUUCCGUGUGGGUUUCCAUCUACUUGGUCAAGGGGUUGAUCUGGACCCCAGAGGAAAACUGUCCAUCAAUACAGACACCGGAGAUAUCGUAGUUCAUGGAGAACUAGACUACGAGCUUUACCAGAAACUUAAGCUGACAUUUGAGGCCCGAGAUACAUCCAAUAAUGUAUUGGACACCAAGCUGGGAGUGGAGGUGGAGAUUCUAGACAUCAAUGACAACCCCCCAGUUUUCCAGAUGAACACUUACACCAUCAACCUGAAAGAGUCUACUUCACAAGGAGAUUUUGUGACAGCUGUAGUUGCAACAGAUAAAGAUCAAAGCAGCACAAACAAUGGCACCUUUGACCUGAAGAUUGUCUCCAUCACCCCUACGCCCCCAGACAACCUGGAGUUCUUCCUUGAGCAAAGUGGUCCGACUGGAAUCAUCAAAUUCAAAGGGUGUCUGGAGCACGAGAAAUCAAAGAAAUACACCAUCCUGGUGGAGGCUAAAGAUCGUGGAGAGGUGGUUCAGCUCUCCAGCACCUGUACAAACAUCAUCAAUAUAGAGGAUGGAAACAACAAUCUGCCUGUCUUCACUGGGCAAACGGGUGCAGGAAGCAUCAAGGAGAGAGACAGAGGUGAUGUACCAAUUCUUCGGCUCCAGGUUUUAGACCAAGAUACCAAAGGUACUGUAGCCUGGAAGGCCAAAUACACUAUCCACGGAGACAAGGACCAGAACUUCAGAAUCACCACUGAUCCAGACACCAACGAAGGAGUCUUGUUUGUUGAAAAGCCUCUGGACUACGAGGAUGGCUCUCAGAGGAACCUGUCAGUCAGUGUAGAGAACGAGGCGCCCUACUUCUCUUGUAAGGUCAAAGGUCGUCCUGCCAUGGGCCUGUGGGAUGUGGUCACCACAGUAUCUUUGAUAGGUGAACAGCCCCUGCUGUCCACCCGCCAGGUGACGGUCACGGUGGAGGACAUCAACGACCCGCCAAUCUUCACCCCCGCCAUCAAAAAUGUGACGGUGGAGGAGAAUGUGGAGGUUGGCUGGUACCUGGAGACGUUCACUGCCAUCGAUCUGGACAGGAACCAUGCCAACACCUUCAAGUACGUGAAAGGAAAGGACCCUUGUGACUGUGUGGCAGUAGACACAAAGACCGGCAAAAUAACCACAACUAAGAUCUUAGACCGAGAGUCACCUUAUGUGAAGGACAAUGUCUAUCAAGUGACAGUGUUUGCUAUUGAUGAUGGCCAGCCUCCCAUGACCGGAACUGGAACGUUCAACAUCCACCUAAAGGACCAGAAUGACAACCUUCCGGAGCUUGAGCUGGCCACCAUGGACAUGUGUCUUUCAGAUGAGCACACCGAGGUCAACAUCAAAGCCUACGACCUGGAUGAAGAACCCUACAGCGGACCCUUCUACUUCCAGCUCCAAGGGGACGAUGUCAAGGGCAAGUGGAGGAUUGACCCCGACAACGGCUACACAGUGAACCUGGUGAAGGAGAACACAGUGUACGCAGGUCACCACGAGCUGCUGCUGAAGGUGUUUGACCUGCAGGGUCAGGGUGCCCUCCACAACCUGUCCGUCACCGUGUGUGACUGCUCCAGGGUGGCCAGCUGCCGCAUGCACAGGGCCACUGGAUCCAAGAUUGGAGAGAGUGCUGUAGGGAUUGUCAUUGCUGCCAUGUUGCUACUACUAGGUUUUCUACUGUUGUCUCUCCUGUUGACUUCUAAGAGAGAUCUGAAGCUGAUCCCUCUCGAUGAAAUCUCUGGAGAACAUCUGCUCAAAUCGAACAUUGAGAUCCCAGGAACUGAUUGCAAGGUGCCUACGGCUACCAUACUCCAAGUGGACAGCCAGGUGGAAACGAAAGCUGCUUUUCAACUCAUCAAGAGGAUGCCGGCUGUACAGAAGUCAGCCAGUAUGCGAGCACAGGUACGUUCAGGAUAUUCCAAGUAUUCCUCCUCCUACCAAGAACAACAGCAGGGAGAGUUUCAACGAGGAACCACCCUGCGCAAGAGUGCGCCCACAAAAUUACGCUCCAACGGUUAUUAUGAACAGGGGUCAAUGGUGAGCAGAUCAAUGAAGACAAGAACAAGAUACUCCUCAUGGGAAGAAGAUAAUUGUCUCGACAAAUCCGGGCACCUGAUGACCCAACUGAAUCGGAGGAUGUACACCCUGCAAGUUCAAGGAGAGGAGCUGGGGGACUAUGCCCCGCACCCCUACGCUGAAGAGGGGGACCUAGAGACAGACCUCCAGCUGGAUGCUAUUUCCAUCCCUGAGACCCUCUUCGACCAGGACACGCUCCUCUACCUGGGCCCCAGGUUCAACACCCUGGCCUCCAUCUGCAACACCGCAGACCUCAGCGCAUCCUAAGCCCAUCUUGGCUCUGCCAGGACUGGCUAGAUGGCAUUGGCAUAACAGGCUAGGUCACCGGCCACAUUCCUGGAUUAUAAACUGGACUUGAUCACUCAUUCUUCAAAUGAGGUAGAACAGCAAACUUGUUCUGGCAAAAUCUGGAUGAGAACAAGCAGUGUUAUUUAUUUUUAUUUUUUUACAAAAACCAUCAAAUGCACACAGGACUACGAAGAUCACUGAUCAAUCAAUACAAAGACCAAGAUGGAACUCAGUGUUGAAGGGAGAACAAUGAAAUUGACCACUGAGAACACACACAGAGAGAGACAUGUAGUGGGAAAAUACUUGCAUGGCAUUGACUUGGCUCUGUGCUUUUAUGAAUGCGAUGGCUGCAAUUUAGAGGUGAAUUAACAUUGAACAUACCACACCAUCGCUUACCUCUUUAAUCUUCAGAAAAUACAUUGAGUCAGAAUAGUGUAAUAUUGUUUUCUACGAUGGUUAUGAUGAUGAUUCCCAAAUCAAAUUGUAUUUUUCACACGCUUCGUAAACAACAGGUGUAGACUAACAGUGAACUGCUUACUUACGGGCCCUUCCCAACAAUGCAGUGAAACAAUAUAUACAUAGUUUUUG